AUGUUAUCCACAGACGGGAAAUGGAAGCUCACGCCUCGACUUCACUCUGUCAAAUUUGUGUUCGAUGCUCCGACCCCGGCGGAUGCAGAAACACCGGACGAGAUCUUCUUUGACAAUCCAUUCCCUGCGGACAUCCCGGGCAUGCCUAAGCGGUUUAUCUUCAAGACACCUACAACUCAUCAUUAUGAUCAGGAGGUUAUCGGUCUUCAGACAUCAACAACGCAUGAUGGAGACGGCCUCGAUAGCAGUGUCCCAUAUGACGGACAGGCACCUGAUGUGCCGGAAAGCAAGCAAGCUCGGACACCAUCGAAUGAUAGUCGAUCCAAACUUACGUCUGGUGAAUCACAGCCAGAGUUGGUCACCCAUCUUCGUGGCCCUACUUGCGACGCACCAGAUGAUGUGGAGUCCAUAGUGUGCUCAGCCUGGGCCUUGAUAUUGUCUUCCUUCGGCGACAGCGAAGUAGUCAACUUUGAUGUGUGCGUCUCGAGCAGUGGCACUCCUCAGUCCGUGAGCAGCGUAACACCGUUUAAAGUGUCUAUUGACACCCAUAUUCCACUUUCAGCAUUUCUUCAGCAAGUCAAAGACACAUGGCUUAUAACUGAAGAAGCCAACCAAAGGCUGGAAGCUUGCCACGAGACUGGAGGUGAACCAUUCUCCAAGACCCUUGUCAACUUCACAACUACUGUUCAACAUCAGGAACAGCCAGUCAAUGCUUCCAAUUUCGCCUUACAGCUUCACUGUCUCGUUGAAGGACACGAUCUACAGUUAUCUGCGACAUUCAAUGAGCGUUCUAUUCCCAAGGCGAGAGUUCGUUUGCUACUGAGUGAUCUCGAGCACGUUAUUUGGCAGGUGGCCAACUCGAUUGGAGAGCACUUCACUCUUGCGGAUGUACAGAUCAUGAGUCCCGCGAGUCAACGACAUCUUGUCAAAUUGAACAGACCACUCCCGAUAAGAGAAGAACAUCUUGUUCAAGAGUCAAUAGCACAACAUGCCAGAUCAAAUCCUCGUGCACAAGCUAUCUGCGCUUGGGACGGUGAUUUGUCGUAUUCUCAGUUGCAACUUUCAUCAGAGAUCCUAGCGACGCAUCUUGCUAGUCUUGGAGUCGGACCCGAAGUGGUGGUACCGAUCAUCUUCGAGAAGUCCGUCUACAGUAUCAUCUCCAUUCUGGGGGUGGUAAUGGCUGGAGGAGCGGUCGUGGCCUUGGAUCCCUCGCUUCCUGCAGCUCGAAUCAGCAUGAUCAUUAAAGACGUAAAUGCCAAGGUCGUUGUGUCGUCCAUCGUCAGCAAAAGCAAGAUCCCAUCACAAAUCCAACGGGAGAACCGCAUUGUGGUCGACCAAUCUUUCUUGGACAGAUUGUCGACCGCACGACAAUCUUCGUUGAAGCACAACUCAUCUUCCCCAAGUAACUCGUUAUACCUUGUGUACACGAGCGGCUCUACCGGAAAGCCAAAAGGUGUUGUGGUCACUCAUGAGGCCUUUUUUUCCAGCGCCAAGGGCUUCACCAAAGCCAUACACCUCGACUCUCUCACCUGCCGGGUCCUGCAGUACUCCUCUUUCUCUUUCGACAUUUCCAUGCUCGAGAUCUUUGCUAGCCUGAUGGCGGGAUCAUGUCUUUGCAUUCCGUCAGAGGAAGACAGGAUGAACAACCUCGCCAGUUGCAUCUCUACCAUGAAGGUCAACUGGGCAAUGCUGACACCUUCUGUUGCAAGCCUAAUAGCUCCGGAGGAAGUCCCAAGCCUUAGGGUUCUAUGUCUCGUGGGAGAAGCAUUACCGCAGGUUGUCGCUGACACCUGGGCCGACCAUGUCAAAACCAUCAAUGCUUACGGACCGGCAGAGUGCUCCGCUAUUACCAUCGUCAGUGAGCCGAGGACUAAGGGGGUUAAGAGCAUUUCUCUUGGAAAACCUCCCAACUGUGCCGUCUGGAUCGUCCGAGAAGACGGCCAGCUUGCUCCAUUCGGUACUGUUGGUGAGAUCGUGAUCGAGGGCCCGCCUGUUGCGCGUGGGUACCUAGAUGAUGAGGAGAAGACAAGGGCUGUCUUCUUGGAUGAUCCUGAUUUCCUGCGCGGUGUCGUACGACGGCCCAUGCGAUGUUAUCGCACUGGUGAUCUCGGAAGGAUGAACCAUGAUGGGACUAUCGACUUCCUUGGCAGGAAAGACACCCAGGUCAAGAUCCAUGGUCAGCGCGUUGAGCUUGGCGAGAUUGAGCAUCAACUCAGACAAUCGUUGAAUUCCGAAAAGAUAGCCUCAUCUCCUGGGACAAAUUGGGAAUUGAUUGUCGAGCUCCUUCGCCCUGUUGGAGGAGAACAUAGCAUCCUCACGGCAUUCAUCGCCCCCAAGACAAUGUCCGGAACCACUUUUCAUGGAGAAGGGCCACUCAUUGUUGAAGAAUCUCACUCUCUGUGGACGACAAUACAUCGGAAGUUUCUCACAGCUAUCGAAGAACUCGCCAGUGCUCUCCCUGGAUACAUGAUACCAAGGGCAGUUGUACCAUGCAGCACAUUGCCCCUGUCACCGUCAGGCAAGGUUGACAGGAAGAUACUCCGCAUAUACGGAAACGCAUUAAAGUUGAAACAUCUGCUGAGAUCAGCAAACAACCUGGAAGAUCACACCGCGCCUGUUGAGGUCCCUGAGGCACUAUCUCCAGAUUUUCUCGGUAGCGAAGAGGAUUCUUCAGUCGGACAGCACACGUCGAUAUCCGACACGUACCCCUCAACCGAAGCUUCGAUAUUGCUAUGCGAGCCUUCACAGUCGAGUCUUACACCAACUGAGAAGUCACUACGGCUAGCUUGGUCAGAAGUUUUAGGUCUACCUGAAGACUCAAUCCUUCUCGAGGAUGACUUCUUCAAGCUUGGCGGAGACUCCAUCGGAGCUAUCAGGAUCGUGGCGGCUUGUCGUAAGCAAUCGCUCCAGAUAAAUGUUGCCAACAUCUUCAAGAACUCUGUAUUGGGCAAGAUGGCUCUCGUGUGUAAGAGUACGACAUCUGAGAAGCAGGCUUUGUCUCCUGUCCAGUUCAUUCCGUUCCACUUCUUGCGGCGAAUGGACACCACAGAGCUACAACGUGAAGCCGCUUUCCAAUGUGACGUCGCUGUCCAUGAAAUCGAAGACUUGUACCCUUGCACGAACAUGCAAGAGGGUCUGAUGGCUGUCAACCUCACGCGACCAGGUAGUUACACUGGUCGAUGGAUCCAUCCGCUGCCUCGGGACGUCGAUCUGUCGCGGUUCAGGAAGUGCUGGGAGGAUAUCCAUGCCGCAUCACCGAUACUCCGGUCCAGGUUCGCAACGACUUCGACUGCUGGGUCUCUUCAGACUGUUAUCAGGGAGAAAGUCCUGUGGCAUACACACGACGAUCUCGAAGCAUACCUCGAGCAAGACGAUGCGAACCCUAUGUUUCCUGGAGACUCGCUCAAUCGUUUUGCUCUGGUCACAUCACAGUCUGGCGACGUGACGUUCGUGUGGACCAUACAUCACAUGCUUUAUGACGGCUGGUCUCUGGCCAUGCUCUGUAACCGUCUUAACGAUUCGUACCACGGCCGCACUAUCAAGCCAGCAACUGAUUACCGCAACUUCAUCGAAUACACACAGAGGAUCACGUCAGAGACAUACGCGAAUUACUGGACGACAGAGCUACAGGGGGUGAGCUUGUCACACUUCCCAGCCGCUCCUAAGCCUGGCCACCAGUCCUUUGCUCGAGCUGUGGUGCGCGAUGAGCUUCAUAUCAACAUCGAUCAGUCUUCAGGAAUCACUACGUCAACCAUCGUUCGAGCAGCAUGGAGUCUCAUGAUUAGCCAUUUCUCCAAGUCAAACGACGUGCUCUUCGGCGCAACGGUCUCAGGUAGAAACGCACCAUUGAACAACAUCGAAAGCGUCGAAGGUCCGACAAUAGCCACAGUGCCUGUCAGAGUUCGCCUCGACAAAGGGUCGGAUAUCCUCGUCUUUCUGCGAAAGAUCCAGGACCAUGCCAUCGCCAUGAUACCCUAUGAACAGUCCGGAAUCCAACAGAUCAAGUCACUCAACGAAGACACAAAGCGCGCUUGCGAACUUCAGAACCUGCUCGUCAUUCAGGCAGGCGGCGGCUGGGAUGAGACAGGGCCUGGUCCCCUGGGGAAGCCGAUCUAUCGCGAGGAGUUUACCACAUUCCCCGUGACAUGCGAGGCAUGGCUUCAUUCUGGACGGAUCGAGUUUGCGACGCAUGUCGAUGAAGAUGUAACAAGUCGACUCUUCGUAGCUCAAGCCAUUGAAACAGUGAAGGUUGUCAUGAAUCAACUCGCUUGGGCUACAUCGCAUAACUACAGACCUUCCAUGAUCGCAGACCUGGCCUUUGACUCAACCUCUACAUCUAUCCAACAACGAGCUUCUCAACCUCUCGAAGCAAAUAAGGUCUCGGCUACGCUUCAUCAACUCAUCACAACAAUGAGUCUGGCACAACCCCAGAGAGAGGCAGUAGUCUCAACAGCCGACUCACUCUCUUACGAAGAGCUCGAACACAUGUCCACGGCACUUGCCGUCCAACUUGUCAAUAAGGGAGUCUUGAAGGGAGACAAGAUCCCACUGUGCUUCGAGAAAUCUGUCUGGACUGUCGUUGCAAUGCUCGGGGUCUUGAAAGCCGGCGCUUCCUUCGUGCCCUUAGACCCGAGCCAGCCCGUCUCACGUCUACGAAAGGUUGUUACGCAGGUUAAAGCCGAAACAGUUCUCGUGUCUGCAUUCCAACACAAGGCAACUGAUCUCGGUGCUGUGGCGUCCAUGAUCGUCAAUCGGGAUGCUCUUAGCGGGACCUCCAGGCUCCGACAUCAAUGGCAACCAUCAACUCAGGUGACCCACGACAGUCCUGCAUACAUCAUCUUCACUUCUGGUUCGACGGGCGAUCCUAAGGGCAUCGUCGUCUCCCAUGCCGCGUUUGCCUCCAGCGCAACGGCCCACGGUUCCGUCUUCGGUAUGAACGAUGAGCACCGCGUCCUGCAAUUCUCCGCGUACAGUUUCGACGCCAGUCUGUUUGAGAUCCUCACGACCCUUAUACACGGUGGAACUGUUUGUGUCGCCACUGAGAAGGAGCGCUUCGAAAAUCUUGGAGAAUUUGCAAGUCGCACGCGCGUCAACCUCGCGCUUCUCACUCCAUCGGUGGCUCGCAUCAUUCGUCCCACAGAAAUGCCGUCCUUAAAAACUCUAGUGCUGGGUGGAGAAGCUCCUGAUGAGGCUUUGAUCAAGAAAUGGCUUGAUGCUGGUUUGGCCCUCUUCAACGCAUACGGCCCGAGUGAGUGCUCCGUCAUCGCUGCUUGCUAUUCAUGUACCUACGAUACGGAUCCGAAAUCCAUUGGAAACCCGGUCGGAUGCUCUGCGUGGGUCGUUGCCGCAGAUGAUGACACGGUGCUUGUUCCGAAUGGACAGGUUGGCGAGUUGCUUAUAGGUGGUCCGACUUUAGCCGAUGGCUACUUGAAUGACUCUAAGAAGACAACUGCUUCCUUUCUCUCGCGACCACCAUGGGUAUCUAUAGAGGGUCAUAUGGGUACAAAUAGGUUGUACAAGACUGGGGAUCUUGUGAAGAGAGCUACCGACGGAACUCUGGUGUACGUGGGACGAAAGGACCUCCAAGUCAAGUUGAACGGCCAGCGAAUCGAACUCGGAGAUAUUGAGUCACACAUCGCUGGUUGUUAUUCCGUCAAGCGCGGUAUUGUUGUUUUUCCCUCGUCGGGACCAUUCUCACAUCAACUUGUGGCGGUUCUGGAGCUCGAAGAAGAAGAGGGCGACAAACCGUCUGGUCUCCAUCAGAUCAUGACUCGAUUUGAUAUCUUUGCAGAGCAAGUUCGUCAAGAGUUGACUGGCAAACUUCCAAGCAUCAUGCUUCCGGCACACUUCAUUGACGUUGCGACCCUCUCUCGGGAAAGAUUUCCACUUUCGACCUCAGGGAAGGUCGACAGGAAUAAGGUCACAACAUGGGUCCAAAGUCUGUCCGUCAGAGAAUCUGAGAUCCUGGACACUUCUGCACCGAUACCAAGUACAGUGGCAACAAUUCAACCUCACGAGCUCCCCGCCUACGAGCUGGCACAGAAAAUCACAGAUCUGGUAUCUCGGAGGUCUCUUUCGACAGAGCCCCGGCUAGACGGCUUCAACGAUAUUCUGUUACACACCUCAGGUCUAGAUUCUCUCAACAUGAUGUCGCUCAUGCACUUCGUUCGCCUGAAGUAUAGUGUCAGAGUCAGCAUGCAGCUGCUCAUGGACGAGCAAACGAGCACCAGGAAGCUGGCAGCUUUCAUCACCCAUGCUGCUUCCAACAGCCCUGUGCCGUUGACAUCUUCCACCAUGGCCUCUGAGACUCGGCAGAUCGAUUUGAUGAAUGAAAUUGAUCGUCUAGACGCGGGGCUCCAGGAACUUCCAGGCGUAUUGUCUAGAAAUGUCCGAGGCAGUCUGGCCAAGAAGACAGACAAUCUCAGGGUUUUCCUUACGGGCGCAAGCGGAUACCUGGGUACUCAAAUACUACGACAACUUCUGGAGCGGCGCGAUGUUGCCCAUGUCAUCACUCUGGUACGCGGAGCGACACCUCAAGCGGCGAAAGAUCGUGUGAUUGAGACUGCACACAAGGCUCUUUGGUGGACCGAGUUCCACGAGGACAAGCUGGACGUCUGGAUGGGGGAUCUCGCGAAGAGUAUGCUCGGCCUCGGUCAAAAACAAUGGGAUUUGCUAAACGAUGGACAUACAUUUGACAUCAUCAUUCACAAUGGUGCUAUUGUUCAUUGGAACAAGAGCUAUGCUGCCUUGGAGGCGGUCAACAUUCAUUCAACAGUUAAGCUUCUUGGCAUUGCUGUUCAGACUCCUGCUUUGCGAUUUGCAUACGUGUCUGGUGGACGACAGUGGAAGAGUGCCGAAGAACGGGACGAGGACAUCGCCCUAGAGCUUUCGGACUCUAUGGGUUACAGCCAGACAAAGUUUGUUGCUGAGGUUCUCGUUAAGAGAGCUGCGGAGCGGUGUCCCGUCUCACAGCGAAAUAUUGGUGUCUUCAGACCAGGGCUUAUCAUCGGGACGCCCGCAGAAGGUGUAGCAAAUUUGGACGACUACAUCUGGAGGCUCACGGCUGCAAACAUUGAGAUGGGUAUCUACAAUACGGACGAGGAGCAGGCAUGGCUGCAUCUCUCCGACGCUGCUACAACUUCAGAAGGUGCCAUUCGAACUGCGUUAAAUCCGGAAUUAUCUGUUAGUCCGGUGACCCAGCAUGACGAAGGAAUGACUUGGGGGACGUUCUGGACUUUGGUCAAGGGAAUGGGCUAUGACAUCCGUCCAGCGCGUGCUGCUAAAUGGCUAUCAACGGUCAGGAACGAUAUUUCGCGUCGGAAAGAGGAGCAUCCCCUUUGGCCGCUGGCUCACCUGCUCGAAGACGGUAGCAUGGAGUGGGAAGAGGUGGCAAAAAGCCACGAUAUUUGCCCGCUACAGCUCAAGGUAGCUUUGAAGAAGAACGUGGAAGCUCUUGUGAAGGUGGGUUUCUUGCCGGCCGCGCGUCGAGCCCAGGAUGUUCAAGUUGUCGGGGGCACGUUUUCUAGGACAUGA